GAACAACUCUCAUUAAUUCCUGCAGUAAUUGAACGCAACAUCAGCCUGUUCUCACAAACAUGGCGACCUGCAUGAGCAUGAUAACAAGAGCCGGUGGUGUUGCUUUCAGCGCGUUACAGCCGGUAGCCAGAGAAUGUUCGAAGCGAAAGACGUGCGUGUUCAUCCCGCACCGCCUCUCCCACCAUCACGGAGCUCUGAGCAGUUUGUACGAGCACGUCCGCGGAGGCUACAGCGACAAGCCCGAGCUGGAUAUGAGAGCAGUCUGCGAGGAGACCGACAAAGUCAUCGCUAAUGUGGAGAACAGGAAGGGAGAGCUGCGAGGGGACGACGUCAGGAAGAUUGUGAGUGUGUGGCAGGAGCUCCAAGCAGUGAGGACAGAGAUCUCUGAGCUGGAGGAGGAGAAGAGAAGCAUCAGUCAGACAGUCAAAGCACUGGUGGAUCAGCACGACAAGAAGGACCUCGCUAACCUUCCAGAGUACACUCAGUUUCGGCUGAAGGGUCGGCAGAUCCGCAUCAAACUGAAUCAUCUCUACAUCAAAGAUACUGAACUGGACGAGGAGCACUACAGCCGAGCGCUCCGACUACCCAACUCCACGCACCCCGAUGUGCCGGUUGGAGAUGAGAGCCAGGUAAGAGUGGUGGAGCACGUUGGACAGAAACCAGAGUUCGACUUUAAGCCCAGAGGCCACGUGGAGCUCGGGGAGGAGUUAGGCCUCAUUAGGCAGAAACACCUGUCUCACGUCACUGGCCACCGGUCGUACUAUUUACGAGGAGCAGGGGCCAGGCUUCAAACUGCCCUCCAGAACUUGGCCCUGGACACGCUGCAGCGACGGGGCUUCAUCCCCAUGGUUGUGCCUGACAUGCUGAAGGGAGUAGUGUUUGAGGGGUGUGGGAUGCAGCCCAACGCACAUCGUUCUCAGGUCUAUUCCUUAAACCCCGAACGAUUUCCAGAUCUGAAUCUGGCUGGAACUGGAGAGGUCGGAGUGGCAGGUUAUUUCAUGGACCAUGCAGUAAACUGGAAGGACCUGCCCGUCAGGACGGUGUGUUGCAGCACCUGCUACAGAGCAGAGACGGACACCGGGAAGGAGCCCUGGGGGCUCUACAGAGUUCAUCACUUCAAUAAGGUAGAGAUGUUUGGUGUGACGGCUGAUGAGACCGGAGAGGAGAGCACUCAGCUGUUCGAAGAGUUUGUCUCUUUGCAAAAAGAGAUGUUUUCUGCACUUGAACUACAUUAUAGAGUGUUGGACAUGCCCACUCAGGAACUGGGUCCUCCAGCACACAGGAAGUACGACAUUGAGGCGUGGAUGCCGGGGAGGAACAGCUAUGGAGAGAUCUCCAGUGGAUCCAACUGCACAGAUUAUCAGAGCAGACGUCUGAACAUUCUGUAUGAGAGGGAUGACGGCAGCCUGCAGUACGCCCACACAGUGAACGCCACUGCAUGUGCGAUCCCUCGGACAAUCAUCGCCAUCCUGGAAACUCACCAGGCCAAAGAUGGAACCGUGCGGGUUCCCCGAGCCCUGCAGCCUUAUUUGGGUCUGGAAGUGAUUGAGAAGCCGAAGUGCACGCCCCUGAAAUACAUCGGACCCAACCAGUCCACUCGGCCCCCCAGGCCCGCUCCCAAGACCAGAUGAGGCUGGUAGGAGUGGAGCGAUCCUUCGCCAGCCAACAUCCACACACAUCCCAGGUGGAAACCUGCUCAUUGAACGGGAUGAGAUUUUAUGUGUUCGGUUCCUUAAAACAAAACCUGCUCGAGUCGUUUUAGGACCAUCUAACCAUGAAUGUACCAAAAUCAGGAGAAAUACACUGA